CGGGGCGGCGGCAGCGGCGCUUCCUGGUGCUGUUCGGCCCUGCGGUGCAUGGCGCUGGUCACCGUGCGGCGGGCGGCGGGCUCCACUGCGGGCCCCGCCGCGGAGGAAGAUGUGCCCAGACGUGGCCAGCUGCAGCGGCGGCAGAGCUUUGUCAUGGUCAAGGGGGCUGCACUGCUCCUGCCUUCAGAGGAACCCCUGGAGGCCGAGCCUGGCCCAGCAGCGCCCCCUUGCCCAGCAACAGGGCAGCAGGAGCAGCACCUGGAGCUCAUGAUGCGGUUGCUGCGCCCGCAGGAUGCUGUCCGACUGGCGGUGCGGCUGGAAUCGGUGCGGCCCCAGCGGCUCCGGUACUUGCUGGUAGUGCGGCCUGAGGAGGCAGGCGCUGAGGGGCAGACGGUACUGCUGGGUGUGGACUUCCCACAUGAGGGUGCCACCAACUGUACCCUGGGAAUGGUGCUGCCCCUCUGGAGCGACACCCAGGUCUUCCUCGAUGGUGACGGGGGCUUCAGCGUGACGUCCGGGGGGCAGACCCGCAUCUUCAAGCCCAUCUCGGUCCAGACAAUGUGGACAGUGCUGCAGGAGCUGCACCGGGCCUGCAGCGAGGCAACCCAUGGCGGGCACAUCCCUGGGGGCCCAGCACUGGCCUGGGCCCGGGACUACGCAGUGGCCGUGGCCUCAGAGCAGAGUUGCAUCAACGAGUGGCUGGCGAUGGCCGACCUGGAGUCUGUGCGGCCCAGCUCACCUCAGCUGCCCAGCCCUGGGCCAGCGGCACCGAAGCUGACAGAGCAGGCGGUGCGGACCCUGCUCCGGGAUGUCAUGGCCACCGCAGACCUGGAGAACAUCACCUCCAAGGAGGUGCGGAUGGAGCUGGAGCACCGCAUGGGGCACAGCCUGGCCCAGCACAAGGACUUCAUCGACAACGAGAUGCUGCUGGUGUUGGCACAGAUGGACCGGCCCUCCCGCAUCUUCCCACACCUCUACCUGGGCUCUGAGUGGAAUGCAGCCAACCUGGAGGAGCUACAACAGAACCAGAUCACACACAUCCUCAACGUGGCACGGGAGAUCGACAACUUCUUCCCAGCACUAUUCACCUACAUGAAUGUGCGGGUGUAUGAUGAGGACACAGCCCAGCUCCUGCCCCACUGGAACGACACCUUUCUUUUCCUCUCUGAUGUCCGGGCCCAGCGGGGUCGAGUGCUGGUGCACUGCCGGAUGGGGCUGAGCCGCUCAGCGGCUACGGUGCUGGCCUACGCCAUGAAGGAGUUCGGGUGGCCACUGGAGCGGGCACUGCGGCAUGUCCGGCACUGCCGCCCUGGCAUUGUGCCCAACCCUGGCUUCAUGCGCCAGCUCGACUUCUACCAAGGCAUCCUGCAGGCCAGGUGUUUGAGGCUGCACCACAGGGCAGUGUCCCAGUGUGCCCCACAGAGGAGGCAAGGGGCCCUGGGCACCAAGACGAGCAGUCCCCGGUGGUGGGACUCCAGCACAGCUCCAAGGAUGCGGCCUCUGAGAGCUCACCAACAUCUGCCCCAGGGGUCCGGCCCUCCUCCCGGCCCCGGCGUGUGGUGCGCCAGGCCAGCCUGGAUGGGGGCCCCACAGCGGCAGAUGGCCCCGCCCCCGGCACCACGCCCUGCGGGGAUGCUGCCCUGUGCUUCGCCCCUCCCUGCGGCCCUGCGCCCUGCGCUGCCCUGUCCCCCACCUCUGACCCUGACCCUGCCUCCAGCCCCACUCCGGGCCCCGCUCCCCACCUCUGACCCUCACCUGGUCCCUCACCUGCCCCCAGCAUACUGCCCAUAUAGAGGAGGCAUGAGGGGAGGAGGUGGAGCCUGCUGCACACUGGGGGCAGAGCCAGAGGAGCCAUCCCUGCCCCCCCCCACCUCCCUGCCUGCACUUUGGAGGCAGAGGUGGCACUGCCUCACCCCCACACACAUUGCCCUGCUGUGCCCCACGUUGGGGAGGGGGGGCAUGGCGACCCCAUCACUGCAUACCAGCACUAGCACUCACCAGUCAGAGAAUAAAAGAGUGGAAACGGCUGUCCCUGGUCAUGGGAUGCUCCCUCGGCCCGAGGUGCCCACGCAGGGGGGUGGUGUGGCCGAGGCAGGUGGCUUUGUGGGCAACGGGGUCUCCUGCAGUCUGUGUGGUGGGCACAAGCCCAUUGCUACGUGGGAAGCACUAGGCCAUGGCUACACCUGCCAUCAGUAGUGGCCAGAGUGAGUGCACGGGGUGCGGGAGGAGCCUUCCCCUCCCACGUUUUCUCCCGCCUGUGGGCAGCCUGCCUGUUGCCUUGUCCCCGAACUCCCGCUUAGAUUGCGAGAGUGGGAAUAACAGCUCCCCUCAGGCUGCGGCGCAGCGGCGCACUACACUACCCGUCGGGGAGGUCGCAGCCACGGCCAGCUGCCGCCCGCGGGGCCUCAUGGGAAAUGUAGUCCAGCCACGGGGAAGCGCGCGCGCGACUCAGGCGCCAUCUUGUGCUCGGAGGAGACACUGGGUGCGCGUACGCUUUGCAGCAGGCGAGAACCACAGCUCCCGGCGCACCUUGUGCGGGCCU